AUGUAUAUUCUUUAUGUAACUCAUAAUGAAGUAACAAAUGAAGGGCUUGUAGUUGAGCAUCAAGAAUCAAUGUCAAAAACUAAAUUGGAAGUAAAGCAACAAGAAAAUUCUGCAGAGCAACAGCUCACUGCUCAUGUUGAAGAACCAGAUGAGAAUCUUAUACUUAGGCAUCAAGACUCAGUGUCAAAAUCAGAAAUGCAAGUGAAGGAACAAAGAACUCUCAAAGGGCAAAGAAUUACUACUCAUGAUGAAGAACCAGGCAGAAAUCUUGUGCUUGAGCAUCAAGAUUCAGUGUCAAAACUUGAAAUGCAAAUAAAAAAAACAAAAAAACUUCCCAUAGAGAAAAGACAUAGUACUCAUGAUGAAGAAUCUGGUGAAAAUCCUAUGCUUAAAAAUCAAGAUUCAGUGUCAAAAAUCCAGGUGCAAUUGGAGAAAGAAGAAACUUCUAGAGAAGGAUGUAGUACUCCAGAUAAAAAUCCUAUGUUGGUUCAUCAGGAGUCAGUGUCAAAACUCCAAAUGCAAGAAAAGAAGAAAAUAACUCCUGGAAAGGAAAGGAGUAAUACCCACUUUGUAGUGCCAAAUGAAAAUGUGACUUUUGUUCAUCAAGAUUCAGAGUCAAAACUCCAAAUACAAGAUAAGAAACAAAUACAUUUUGUAGUAGAACGGCGCAAAACAUUUCCUUUUGAAACCCGAAAAAAGGAUAUAUCGCUUGAACAUCUAUUGCCUGAGGAGAAAGUUUUAUUAUCAAGAAGCCAAUCUCAAACCAAGAAACUUCAAGCUAAAGUAAUUUCAAUAAAAAAGACUGAUAUAGAAAGCUUGAAGGGUGCUUUGGGAAGACGCUUAUUAAAGGAUGAAUUCAAGACACAGUUAAAGAGUUUUCCUGGGCCUAAUAUAGAACAAUUGACGGAUGCAUUUGGAAGAAAUAUACUAAAGGAUGAAUUCAGACCAAUAUCAAAGAGUCUCCCUGAGACUGAUGAACGAUUGCCUAGUGCAACGGAGAGAGGUACAAUAAGUGAUGAAAUUAAGACACAGUUAAAGAGAAAGAGUUAUCCUGAGGCUGUCCUAAAACGCUUGAAAGACAUUAAUGGAAAAGAUAUCAUAAAGCAGCUAAUGAACAUACAAUUAAAGAGUCAUGUAGAUAUUGAUAAGAACUUCUUUUCAUAUGCUAUUGGAAGAAGUAUAAGGAAGGAGUCAAUGAAGGCACAAUUAAAAAGUCACCCAGAGACCUAUAAGGAAUUCUUGGCAGAUAAUAUUGGAAGAGGUAUAAUACUAGGGCCAAUCAUUACACAACUAAAGACUCACCCAGAGACUGAUAAAGGACUCUUAAAAGAUGCUAUUGGAAGAGAUAUAAUAAAGGGACCAAUCAAUACACAAUUAAAGAGUUACCAGGAGACUGAUAUAGAGCCCUUGACAAAUGCUAUUGGUUCAAGUAAAACAACUGGUGAGACAAAGACACAACCAAGGACUCACUAUGAUGUGAACGUAUUUAAACAUAAAGAUAUGUCCAUACAACGUCAAGAAGGUAUCUUUGCUAGGAGAAUUACACCAAGUAAAUUCCCAACAAAAGUGAUCAAUUUAUCACCCUUUGAAAAUAAAGCGGAAACUUAUGAGUACUCUUCACCCUAUGCAACUGCACCUUCGCCCUAUGUGACUUCACCUUCACCCUAUGUGACUGCACCUUCACCCUAUGUGACUGCACCUUCAAAAGCAAUUUAUAGAAUACAUAGGGCUGGUUCAAGCUUUUCUAAAAACAUAUACUUUCCUUUACUGAAUCAACUCCCUUCAGGGCAUUCGAAAGUUGUUACCUUAAGCCAAAAAACUAUUGACUUUACAAAUACUCUGCCUGCUGUGACCACAAUCAUAAAACCUACCUAUAAAGAGUUACAUGCUGCUACCCGAAAAUCUGUACCACACCCAUACUUUUGAGAAUGAAGGAAAUUCUGAGCAAGAUAAGCAACAUGACAAAUUCAGAAAUGCAGCAAAGAAAAUUGCAAGUAUUUAAGCUUUUUGAAAAUAACACUGACUUGUGUGGAUGAUGCUUAUUGAAAAAUAGCCAGAAAUACAGUGGGAUAAACAGGGUAGAAGAUCAUAGAAGGUCUGACAAGGCAGUGGUGAGUUUGAAAGUUUCAAAUUACUUUUCUUCUUUUUAAUUUUAAAAAAGGUAUGCAAUUAAUCUUUUAAAUCACAAAUAAUAUUCACCCCAUUCAAAAUAUUAAUUUUGAAGUGUAUAACCCACUUAAGAUGUAAAAAAUAUAUGACAAUAAUCUGCUAUGUGUUAAAGCAUAUUCUGUAGAAUUUGUAAUGGCACAAAAUAUAACUGCUAAUAAUUUUAAAGAUAUGAUUCUUGCCAAUCGAACGUUUUAUAACACUAAAAUAUUAUUCAUAGCUACCUUUUUCUGUCCCCUGAAGAGCAUAAAUGUUAUUGGUUAUAAAAUUGUCUUAAACCCAUUCUGGGUUAUCACUGACAUACAUAUUUAGACUGACAGAAUAUUCUUUUAUGCCUUAAAUGUUCUUAUUUUUCCAUAGCAAGAAUCAGAGGAAUGAGCAGUAAUAUAUUCUAUCUAAAUAUUUUGGAGUUAUGUAUCUGCCAAAAAAUAAUAAAGAAAAUUGGAUUUCUAGUCAAAAUAAAAUGAAAUAAAAUAACUGAAAUAGUUUCUAUCCUUUAUAGUCCCCCAUUGUAAAGAUACUUAUAUUUUAUAUAGUAACAAAAAAUAAACAAUGUAUAUAGUAAGAAAAACUCAUGAAUUCAGCAUAAUGAAACUGUCAAGAGAAAAUAAAUGGAGCAAUUCUUCCCUAAUAAUUAUUAUCUAAAACUGUGACAAUCCCAGAGAUAACAUAAAUGUAAACUAUAUUAAUAACUGUUGAAUAAGGUGGAUUUUAUGCUGCUUUCUAUAAUUGUUUUUCCAACGUAAGUUUUCAUUUAGUAUAGAAGUCAACCUGCAUUGGAUGGUGAUUGUUAGGGUUAUUUAAACUAGAUCAAAUCUAGCUUCUCAGUUUGCCCCUAUGAACUACCGGGAUAAAAAUGCCAGCUCUGUCUUAAUUCCCAUUAGUUAUGUCUGGAAUGCAGCAGGCUUUCUAUAAAACAUUGAGGUGGUUUUAUUUUGACUGAAGCUCUACCUUUAUAGAUAUUUAUUUGAUUAAAUGAGGUGAUGUAUUUGCUAAAUCAGUGCUUUUCAAACCUAAAUACAAAACAGAAUUCACCUGGGGCUUUUAAAAACUACCAAUUUUCUGCCUCGCAUCCCCAGACCAAUUAAACUAGAUUCUCUGUGUGAUUCUAAUAUACAGCCAGAGUUGAGAACCAUGGAGUUUAUUGUUUGAAGAGGAUACAAGGAAAACAAACCGAUUCCC